AUGGAUAUUGACGACAUUUUGGCGGAGGUAGACAGCCAUGCAGUUCCCCCCGCGACUCGAGAUCUACAAGAACUCACCCGAGCAUGGGUUACGGAGCGAAGUGCCCCAGAAAUAUUGCCAUGGCCGGAUAUGUUGAUGGAGCGUAUUCUGGAGAGGUUACGUAGGCAGAUUGAGCUCGUGGAAGAGCAAACGGGAAACACAGACCCCAAAGCCAACUUUCGCCUCAUAAUCAUCCAGACCGAACUCGAGCGCUUCAAGUUCCUCGUCCGCUCAUUCCUGCGCGCUCGCAUUGCGAAAAUCGACGCUCAUGCCCUCCAUCACCUCACGGACCCCUCUACCAAAGCCCGCCUCUCCCCCAGCGAGCUCCAAUAUGCUACAGCUCAUACCUCCCUACUCCACGCUCACUAUCAUUCGUCUUUCCUCUCGCAGUUCCCUACAUCUCUGCAGAGAAUGGAUGAUACGGCAGGGGGGAUCAGUAUGGUAGAGGGACCGGAUGUGGAUAAAGCUGUGUUUGUGAGGGCGUUGAAGGAUGUGGAAGAGCCGGUGUAUGUGGAGGGGACGGAUACGGCAUUUGACAUGCGGAGGGGGGAUGUGGUCGUUGUGAGGUGGAGUGCUGUUAGGGAGGUUGUGAUGGCGGGGGAUGCGGAGUUGAUAUGA